UUUGUUUCAAUUUAGUAUAGAUUAUACUUGAUUAGUUUUUGUCGUCAAUAUUUUCCUUUCUUUCGGAGAAUUAUUUAUUAAUUUUUUUCAAUACAUCGCCUAAUUUAGUACCUAACGCCACCGUUUAACUCUAACGGUAAUUAAACUUUUUUAAAAUUUCAACUGCAAUCGACUUGAGGACACCAACAAUCCAUUCAAAUAAGGAGAAAAUCAUCGGCCGAAUUCAACUAGAAGAGAGAACGAGCAAAAGAAAAAGAGUCAAAAACAAAAACAAAGUGACAAAAUAAAAGUUUCCAAACAUUUUGUAGAAGAAGAAGAAGAAGAAACUAAGAUACAAUCAUUUCUAAGUCAUUGCGAAUAUUUUCAAAAUUUCACCAUCACAAAUCAACCACUGCCACUGCCCUGCAUGCAACGCCACGCAACACCAUCCACCUCAGCUACGAAGCAAUUCGAUUCCUGCUCGUAAUCGAACGCGUUCAGACGCGCAAUAUAUUUUUUUAAAAAAUCAACGGUACAUUUGGGUCACUACUUUUUUACGAAAAACCCGCUCCUCUUGGCAGCACAUGAGCUGCCAUUCCAAUUAGAAGCUCACUAGCGUCGGCACGGAAAUCAACACAGAACUCUCUUAGUUUCGCCGCAACUCCAAACACCAAACACUGCCCGUUAUACAUAUAACCGUUGAAAAUAAUGGCAAAUCUGUUGAAUCGCGCACGUGAUAAUUUUCUAGGCAAUAACAACAUUAAUCCGCAUAGCAUGCACGACGAGGGUGUGGUAUUGCCCGAAGCCGACCAUGAAAUGGACGAUGAUGAUGUAGAGGAUCCGUUGGUGUUGAACGCACCCAAACGAACUGUCAAUGCCACCAUGAGCGAUCAUGCGCUCAACACACUGAACGAGUUGCGACGCAACAAUCUGCUUUGUGAUGCCGUGGUCUCGGUCUCAGAUGCCUCUUUCAAUGUCCAUCGCGCUAUUAUGAGUGCCUGUAGCUCGUAUUUUCGAGCACAGUUUACGGGCUUCAACUCCACUAUCUCACCAUCAAAAAGUGACGAGAAUCGUUCGGUGCACAUACCCGGCAUGAGCGGAGCCAUUAUGGAACAGUUGAUACAAUACGCCUACCUGCGCAAAUGCACCAUCAAUGCGGAGAACGUACAUGAGCUGCUCAUAUCGGCCGAUUACGUGGGUAUUAUUGGUUUGGUGACGCUGUGCAAACAACAUCUUGCAUCGAUGUUAACGGCCGAGAAUUGUGUGAGCAUCAUGGGAUUCGCCAGAUUUCGUUUUCUGGAUGAUUUGUACGCUAAAGCGCGCAACUAUCUGCUGCGCUAUUUCAUCGAAGUCGCGGCUAAAAAUAAGGACAUACUCGAGAUGGGCUUAAAGGAUUUCUACGACAUUAUUAGCGACGAUGAGCUCAACACACGCGAGGAGGACCAUGUGUGGAAGCUAUGCAUCAAAUGGAUUGAUCACGACCCAGAGAACCGCAAACAGUAUGUGGCGCAGCUAAUGCAAGGCGUACGCUUGGGUUUGAUGACACCGAAGUGCUUCAUGGACGAGGUGAAGGAACAUCCGUAUGUGCUGCAGUGUGAAGAUGCCAAGCCGUUGAUUGUUGAGACAUUUAAAUUCAUGUAUGAUUUGGAUAUAAUGAAUCCAUCGUCGGGCGAGCUCACCACACCACCGCUUGCCAUGCCACGUCUGCCGCACGAGGUCAUCUUCGCCAUUGGCGGCUGGAGUGGCGGCACCUCGAAGGGUUGCAUCGAAACGUAUGAUACCCGCGCUGAUCGUUGGGUGAAUAUACCAGCCGAAGAUCCAGCCGGACCACGUGCCUAUCAUGGCACCGCUGUUAUAGGUUAUAAAAUAUACUCGAUUGGUGGUUACGAUGGUGUCGAAUAUUUCAAUACGUGUCGUGUCUUUGAUGCAGUGCGCAAGAAUUGGAAGGAGAUUGCACCAAUGCACUGUCGACGCUGCUAUGUUAGCGUCGCCGAGCUUAACGGUCUCAUCUACGCAAUUGGCGGCUACGACGGUCAUAACCGUUUAAAUACAGUUGAGCGUUAUAAUCCGAAAACGAAUCAGUGGACCGUUAUUACGCCCAUGAAUAUGCAGAGAUCUGACGCAAGCGCCUGCACAUUAAGAGGGAAAAUUUAUGCAACGGGUGGCUUCAACGGUCAAGAGUGCUUGGAUAGCGCCGAAUUCUAUGACCCGAAUACGAACAUUUGGACACGCAUACCGAAUAUGAAUCAUCGCCGCUCAGGUGUAUCCUGUGUAGCGUUUCGUGGGCAACUUUAUGUGAUUGGCGGUUUCAAUGGCACAGCGCGUCUAUCGACUGGCGAACGUUACGAUCCCGAUACACAAACUUGGUCCUUCAUACGCGAAAUGAAUCAUUCCCGUAGCAAUUUCGGACUUGAGAUAAUAGACGACAUGAUUUUUGCUAUUGGUGGUUUCAAUGGCGUCUCGACCAUUUCACAUACGGAGUGCUACGUUGCCGAGACGGAUGAGUGGAUGGAGGCGACCGAUAUGAAUGUAGUGCGUUCGGCGCUUACCGCAAACAAUGUGGCCGGUUUGCCGAAUAAACGUGACUACAUACACAAGGAACGUCAUCGUUUGAUGGAAGAGCGGCGUCAGCGUCUAUUGGCAAGCGCCAUGGCACGUGAUGCCGAAACUAUAUCCAUGUCAAAUGCUUCUGUGGAGGCACAAGAUGCCGCCAUGGAUGAUUACGAUAGCCCGAAUGAGGAUGAAGAUGCCGAUGAUGAGGAAGAUGCCGCGGUUAUGGAUGUUGCUGCAGCAGCAGCACUUGCAGUCGUUGAAGAUCGUCCCGAAGAUCUGCGGCACGAUCCGAAUCGCCGCUUUCGCGUACAAUUGAGAGCGCAGCGUUUCGGCUCGCAUCAUGAGAUACGACGACGUGCCUAACGGCGGUGAGAGGCAAUUUAAGUAAGUGUUUGACAAAAUGAACCGGCUGAUCCAAGAUGGCAUGACAACUUAGUUUAAAAUAAAUAUAAAAAAUAUUUUAUGAAAAAGCGCACAAAACCAAGUUUAACUGACGCUUGAACACUACUCAAAAAUACACGAAAGACUUGUGAGGAGCGAAGAGGAAUUACACCAAAAACGGACUUACAUGAACAACCAGUUGGGCAAACUGUUCCCAGCAAAACCUAAUCGGCGAGGGAACUAAUUCAAAUUUUUGACGAAAUUUCCAACGCAUGGCAAUAGAGAUGGCAAUGGAUUGAUAUGAAAUCGAUUUAUUCAAUGGGUGAAAUAUCAAAAGAGACGAUGAACGACUACAUUCGUAUGACCGAACUGAAGAGUACAGCAAUUGCUGAUGAGCAGAACCGAUGAUUUUUUAAACUGGAUAUUUUUUUUUAUCAUUUGGCAUUGAAUGUAAUGUUGGCAAAAUUUUUACGGUAUUGUACAAAAUUAUAUUUAGUGAUAUUUUAAAAAAUCAAAAUUAAUAAAAGUUUGGUAACUUAAGACUAUAGCCCAAAAA